AUGGACCUUGAUAACGAGGAGCUGUACGCGCCGGGCGGUUCGAAGUUGACGUACCCUGGCGAGACUUUGACGAGUACGCAAGAGUUUAUGCGUGGACAUGGGACGUAUGUGGAUGGAGAGCAAGUCAUUGCGUCAGUAGCAGGCGCGAUUGAGAGGGUGAACAAGCUCGUCACCGUCAGACCCGUGCGAACAAGGUAUAACCCAGAAGUCGGCGAUCUGGUCGUUGGGCGCGUCACUGAGGUGCAGCCGCGGCGAUGGAAGGUCGACGCGAACUCACGACAAGACGCGGCGCUGAUGCUGGCCUCGGUCAACUUGCCUGGAGGCGUGCAGCGCCGUAAAUUGGAAUCCGACGAGCUCCAAAUGCGCACCUUCUUCGAAGAGGGCGACCUGCUUGUUGCCGAGGUGCAGGCUAUCAUGGGAGACGGCUCGAUGAGUUUGCAUACACGAUCUCUGCGUUACGGGAAGCUCCGCAACGGCCAACUCGUCACCGUCCCGCCCAUCCUCGUCAAGCGCCUCAAGUCGCACUUCAUCACCCUCCCCUGCGACGUCGACCUCAUCCUCGGGCUAAACGGGUACAUCUGGGUCAGCAAGCAUGUGCUCGCGAGCCAGCAAGUGGGGGAGGAGGGGUUCGAUGCGGAGGCGGUGUAUUCAAAUCGGAAUGAUGACAUCCCCGCAGCCACUCGUGCUUCCAUCUCCCGAGUGUCCAGCAUCAUACGCACGCUGGCUAUGCACAACGUCCCGCUUACGGACGCGCUCAUAUUGGAGGCGUACGAGUUAUCGCUCACGCAUGCACCGGCGGUAGGGGAUCUGUUGAAGCCUGAAUUUGGGGAUAUAUUGGUGGGGUGUUUAGGUGGUCGAUGA